AUGGCUGAGACGAAUCCACCCACAGCAGAGCCGCGAAAAAGAGGUCGCCCCCGGACCAUCACUGAUGAUAAAGAAAUCCCAGAGAGACGGCGCAAACAGCUUCGAGUAGCCCAGCAGGCUUAUCGGAAGCGAAAAGAAACAACCAUCAAUAAUCUACAGACACGUGUGGACGAACUAGAAUCUGGCAUCGAGAAGCUUAGCCAGUCAUUUCUUUCUUUCAGUAAUCUGUUACUGGAAGAAAGCAUACUAGAAUAUCAUCCACGGAUUACAUCUGCAUUCCAAGAAAUUACACAUCAAUGUGUUUCGCUCGCUAAGCAGGGCUGUGACGAGUCAGAUGAUGAAAAUGCUCCUGCGGGAAUCUUGCAAGGGGUUUCGAGCCAAAGAACUGCUACAGAAAAAAUAGAUGUCGAUCUUGAUUUUAGCACAGAAUUCAACGGGGCAGCUGCUGUUUUUCAAUCUGAAAGUUCAACUUCAACGUCAUCUUCGCCUCCUACCCCCGCCCCGAGUCACUGGGCAGAUCUGUCGCUCCCACUUACGCCACCUGACCAGGAACAAGCCAUGUAUCCUUUUGAUUCUUUUCUCUCGGGAUCAAGUGUACCACUUUCAUUACAGAGUCCGGGAUUAACAGUUUCUCCGGCUAAUUUAAUGAAUCAGAGACAGUGGAGUCUCUCGCAUCGAAUUGUGCGACAGUGCAGCCAUAAUGGAUAUAAGCUACUUGUCUAUUCUCCACAUGAUGACGCGAGGAUAAAGGCUGUUUUUGGUCAUUUAUUAACAGAUGCUCAACUAGAAUGGAGCAUAAAGGGCAUGUAUAGUGCCAUUGUUGACGAGGUAGGGGAUACGCUAGACUCUAGGUCUAAAGUGCUGAGUCCUGCGUAUCCCAUGAGAGAUGCCUUCUCCUUGGGCAUGAUUGACCAGGUGACAAGAUCCGGUCAGCUAGUUGCAGCUUCUGUAGCCGGAGAAUGGAUGGAUGCUAGUGGGGUGCAGAAGCUCAUACAGGAAAGGGGCAUUGAUAUACAACCAGAUUUAUCGCAAAGUUGUGGUUUUCGAGUAAAUCCUGCUGGCUCCCUUGACGUCGGAAAAUUUAUAAGCAUUCUCUGCAGUGAUGUUGUGUGCGUUGGUCCAGGUCCAGCAUUUAGACGAAAGUCUGUUGAAAGAGCAUUGCUACGAGCCACUCAGUCUACUGGCACGUGGGCAUAUACUCCAUUAUUUCCCAUGCCAGAUUGA